GUUCGGUUCGGUUUAGUUACGUGCGGUGAUCGCGUUGGAGCUGUUCGCCGUUCGGUUUCGGCAGCAAGGCAGCAAAGCAGAGAGCAGCAAAGCCAAAAGAAAAACAUACCGUGGUACUGAAAUCAAAUACGGCCAGGAAAUUGGCAUUUAGCGCGUUGCAACUAGUUGAAUAUGUCGGGCGAUGUACAGCCGCGAAAGCGCAAGGAUAAGCGCAAAAAACGUGAUGAACGCAAAUCUGACGGCGAUGUCAGCGUAUUGCGCCAGCCCAGCUUUCAAGAUGACGAAGAUUCGUCUUCCCACGGCGUGCACAUCACAAAGAUGGGAAACGAUGAUGUGCACCUGCACGUGCAGCAGCAGCACGGCACGGGCGGACACUGGUGCGCCAAGAUAAUAUUCUUCUCCCUAAUGGCCGUGCUCUUGGGCCUUGUCGGUCUCAUCAUUAUGGAGAAUCGUGGCCUCGAGGAUUUGGACACGCCCUUGUCGGAAUCCCGCUAUUCCAACUAUUUUGAUGGUUGGGUAGAGGAGCAUCGCCAGGAGGAGCACGAUGCCCAUCACUCGCCCGAAGCAGCUCUCGAUGAACACGACGAUGAGCACGACGAGGAGCCUGAUGAGGCAUAUGAUCAGCAUUCGGGCGAAGAGGAGGAGGAUCAUGAAGCUGACGAAGAGGAGGAAGAGGCCGAAGAGGAUGAGAAUACUGGCGCUGAAAAUCUAACAGCUGAAGAUGAUGAAGAUGAUGAUGAUGAGGCUAGAAUUGAAUCAUCCGCUUCUGAAUUUAAGCUAAUUAAUUGCCUUUUUCAGGAUGACGAUCGGGAGGAAGAGCCUGAAGCAUCCGUUGAGCCAACACAGUCGGUGGCAGAUGAUGCCGAUGAGAACGAUGAGGAGGAGGAGGAUGCAGACGAUGAGGUCGAGGAGUCCAUUGAGCCGCCCGUCUCCAGAUCUAGAGCUCAAAGCGCACCCGAAACAGUUGAAGAAGACGAUGACGACGAUAUUGAAGAGGAGGAAGAAGAGGAGGACGCUGACGAAGAAGAGCUGGAAGAGUCUAUUGAGCCAACCAUUUCACAAUCUCAGGCUCAAAGUGCGCCAGAAAAGGCUGACGAUGACAAUGACGAUGAUGAUGAUGAGUAUGCUGCUGAGGAGGACGAAGAGCCUCAAGAGUCCAUAGAACCAGCACAACAAAGUGCGCCAGACGUUGACGACGACGAUGAUGAUGAAGAUUUUGAACAGGAUGACAACGAUGAGGAUGAAUUUGAAUCCCUCGAUCAGGAGGUCGACAACGAGGCUGAGGAGCGUCAACGUCAAGCGGCUGCCGAGGCGAGAGCCAAGCACGCCAAGCAGGAUCCGGGUCCAGAGGACACCGCAGAGACAAUCACAACCGCAUCCUGGCUGGGAUCACUUGCCGUUAAAUUUGGCGUUGGCAUUGCACUUGCCCUUGUUUCACGCCUUGUAUUGAUACGGAAAAAUCCAAAUACAAUCACAGCUUUGUUAAAACUGUUAAAACUUAUGCGCCAAUCUGAGGAUCAGCCCUCGCCGGAGAUGAAUUUGAGACGUCGACUGACAAUUGCCACCGCCGAGGAUAACCUGCCCGAUGAUGGGGAGGAGCUGCCGCCGCUUGAUGAUGACGAAUAUUCCGAAGAGGAGAUCGAAAUCGAGGAGGAAAUCGAAGUGGAGAUAAGCGAUUUGGAGGAAAGCGAUGAUAAUGUGGCCAUCACGGCCAGCUAUGUGCCGGAAACCUUCGAGCAGCUAAGUGCCAUGUUUAGGCCCAAAACUGAGCUGAAGACAAGCGAAGCAACCGAAACGUUGGCAGCUAAAGAACCAGAACCGGAACCAACGACAGAUAAACUGGAACAGGAAGCUGAACUGGAACCAGAGGCAACGACAGCCACGGACAUUUAUGUAGAGUACGAAGAUGGCGAUAUCGAAGAUUAUGAACACGAUGAAAGCGACGACGAAUUGAUCAGCGACGAGGAGGAAGACGAGAUUUCAGAUGUGGACGAUGCGGAACUGAUGAGCAGAUUGGAAGCCAAAUACGGCCGACUGCCGGCCAAGGAGUACGAAAGCGAUCCAGACUCCGAUGAUCCGACCUGGACACAAAUAAAACCCAAGCAGCCAACUGGCGCCCAGUCCGCGGAGGAUGAUCUGUUCGAGCAGCAGCUGCGUCAGGCCAAUGCCGAAAUGAUCAAUGAGAACUAUGCGAAAGCUCUGCGCGAUUUUAACACGCUCACACACACACACGCACACAAGCCGGCGGCUCAUCUGCAUCGGGCGCGGGCGCUGGAGCGCCUCGCCAAGCUGCGCCAGAGCAAUCAGCUGCUCCUCGAUGCCAUCGAAUCCUACAAGCGUUAUCUGGCCUUCGAGGAGCUAAUCGCCAGCGACGGCGUCGGCGACAGCGACUAUCGUGCCGCUGGCGUGCGUUGCAUUCAGCAUCUGCGAUUUCUGGGUCGCACACAGCAGGCGGUUGGCAUACACGAGCAGCUGCUGGCGCGUUAUCCGGAUGAGGCGCAGCUGCGCAAUGAGCUCUCGCUCAGCCAUCUGAUGUCCAAUAACUUGGUCAAGCUGCAGCAGGUGGCAGCUGAGACACUCGAACGCUGGCCGCAUGAUCCCCAGGCGCAGCUGCACUUUGGCCUGGCGCUCAAGCAGCUCGGGGGCGACUAUGCCGGCGCCUUGCCCUAUUUGCAGCGGGCCAUUGACUCUGGUGCGGCGGGCACACAGGAGCCAUAUUUCUAUUUGGCGCUGGGCGAGACACUGCAGCGUCUGGGCAGGCAGACGCAGGCGCUCCAGCUGUAUCGGCGCGGCGCGGACAGGGGCUUCUUUGCCAGCGUCUAUCAACGCUCGCUGUACAAUGUGCCUGGGCUGCGUGCGCAGCCCUUCUGGCAGCCCGCAGAGACUGGCCAGGCCGCCCAGCUGGAGCAACUGCAGCGCAACUGGCGUGCCAUACGCGCCGAGGCGCUGGCGCUGCUUGGCGGCCAGGGCAACUUUCAGCUGGAGGCGGAACAGUUGCGCGACACGGGCAACUGGCAGCAGUUCGAGCUCUAUGCCCGGGGCAAGCGCCUGGAGAGCAACUGUCAGCGGGCGCCCGUCACCUGCGCGCUGCUCGACAGAUUUCCGGCCGCCAGCAGCUGUCGCCGUGGCCAGAUCAAGUUCAGCGCCAUGCAGGCACAGACUCACGUCUGGCCACACUGCGGACCCACAAACUGCAGACUGCGCGCCCAUCUCACGCUGGUCGCGCCGGAGCCACAGUUGACUAGUUUGCGUGUGGCCGAGCAUCAGCGCACCUGGCAAGAGGGCGACUUGUUCAUCUUUGACGAUAGCUUCGAGCACGAGGUCUGGCACAAUGGAACCCAGCUACGUUUGGUGCUAAUUGUCGACCUUUGGCAUCCCGACUUGAGUGCAGCGCAGCGACGCAGCCUGACGGCCAUUUAACUCCCAGUAGUAGACAUAAUAUACAUAUGCUUUUGUUAGUUCAUUCACAUAGAUCUAUUUGUAACUCGUAGCUGAUAAGUUUAUUUUGUAUGAAUGCGUGUUUAGCUGUAAUCGCAAACUUUUUAUUAAGUCUAUAAUUAGUGGCUGCUUGGUUGGCGGCGUCUCUACUGUAAACCAAACAAUUUUCACAAAUACAGUAAAGUUUCCGAUCGAAAAUAAAUAUUACUUUGUUGAUACGAACAAAGAAGACAAUAA